AUGCCUGGCAUGAUGUCUGGCAUGAUGCCUGGCAUGAUGUCUGGCAUGGUGCCUGGAAUGGCGUCUGGCAUGAUGCCUGGCAUGUCGUCUGGUAUGAUGCCAUUCGCCUACCCGGGUAUGGCUCCAGGAAUGCCUAUGAUGCCAGGAGCGCCUAUGAUACCGAUGACGCCUCACGUAGUACCAGGCACCGUUCCCAUGCACCCCCAACAGAUGACAAUGGGGCCGCUGAUGACGUACUCAACGGCUCAGGCUGUGGCGCCCGCAGUUGUUACUUCGCAAGGCAUCGGCUCGCAGCCACGUGUCCUGACAGUGCCAAUAGGCGGAGGCGGCUCGAAAACCAGUGUCAUCCCGAUGCCGAUUCCGAUGCCGAUGCCACUGCCGAUGCCAUCGCCAGGCGGUGGUGGCGGCCAGGGCCCAGUCAUUUUGGCAGGCACGUCGCCUCCGGCUGCUCAGCAAGUGCAGUCGUACCCGGCACCCUGUUGCCACCAGCACGCUCCUUCGCCUCAGCAACAGCCGCCCCUUAGUCCCUUGGCGGAAGCGGCGGCCGUUACGAUGAUGAUGCAGCAGAUGCGGCUGUUGCUGCAUCCGCCCUCACCGCGAGUACGACGCGCAAGGCCGCCACCUCCGCCCCCUCCGCCACCUCCACCACCCCGUGAGCCGGCCCCGCCUCCUGCCUUGCCUCAGGCGGUCGUCCAAAACGCACCUCCAGACGUGAUCGCCGCUCUGCAGGCGAUUCUCGCGCAACAGCAAGCCCAGGGUGCUGACGCACUUGGUCUCAAGAAGCCCGCCAAGGCACCCGGAAAAACGAAGAAAAGCGGCAAGUCCAAAGGAGGCGGCAAGAAAUCGGAUAAAGCCGUACGACCGCGCUUGGAGAUCACCGACCGGAAGCUGAAGACGUGA